CGUGAUCAUUCCCAGGGUGCCUUUCAAAAAAGAAGGUCUUCUUCGUUCUAAAAAAUAUUUAGAUUCAAUACUCAAUCCAAAACAACAUAGCACACACUCGGACAUUAAUAACAUUAAUCGGAAACGAUGCCUGAUCAUAGAAAGACUGUAGAGGAAAAGAAGUAUGCGAUUUUGACCAAGGACUCGAUCCAAACGAUGGGGGAAUCCGUCGGACUUUCUGAAAUUUCUGAAGAAGUUGCAGCAAAUUUGUCUGAAGAUGUCAGUUAUAGGUUGAGAGAAAUUAUUCAGACAUGUUGUCAGUUCAUGAGACAUUCCAAAAGAAAGCGCCUCACUACAGAAGAUUUCAACAGAGCUGUGAGGAACAAUAAUACACCACCAGUAUAUGGUCAGAAUGGUACAGAUCAGGCCCAUUUUAGACAAGUGAAGGAGGCAGAUUGUUAUGUGGCUGAUGAACGUGACAUUAAUUUGGUGGAAGUGGCAAACCAUACUUUCACCCCACAGCUCCCUGGAGAUGUCACAGUUAAAGCCAGCUGGUUAGCUGUAGAGGGGAUGUACAGGGGAGCAGCUCAACCUCCAGUUAAGCCCCCUGACAAGGUCCCUAAGCUGGUGUCCGAAGACCUGAUUGUUUACUAUGACAACAUGACUAAAGCCAUAUUAGGGCAUGACGAGGAAUUGAUGAAGAUAGCACUGACUGAUCUUCGAACUAACACCAAGAUAAUCCCUGUCCUGCCAUAUUUCAUCAACUUUGUCAAUAGUGGGAUGAAGACUGUGAGUCAUGACAUUGGUCAGCUGACAAAGUUACUACACACAGUCAAGUCAAUUAUCAACAACAGGUCCCUCUACCUUGAACCUUUAGCAUAUUUGGAUGGUCUGCUACAAUGCAUUCUCUAUUGUAUAUUGGAGCCUCUAGCUGCUUCUAUUAACCCCCUCAAUGACCACUGGGCCCUGCGUGACUAUGCAGCUAAUCUGCUAAUACAUUUAAUAAAUGGUUGGAGUAGCCCUUUAAAUGGAUUAUACAAGAGAUGCAGUGAAGCUCUAAAGCAGGCCCUCUAUGAUGCAGCCAAACCUUUAUGUUCACAUUAUGGUGCAAUAGUGGCUAUACUAGCUUUGGGAAGCCAGGCAAUAUCUGAGAUUCUACUUCCCCAUAUCUCCACCUAUUGGCCACACCUGACAUCUAUUAUGGAGGACCAAACCUACACCAACUGUCAGGUGAAGACUGAUGCUCACAGAGUACAUGCUGUUCUACUGCUGGCAUGCGAGUGUGUUUUGAAGUCCAAAAUAAAUGAAGCUCUUGCCGAACAAGAUGAGCCCCCUACAAUAACAACAAAAACAGAGCUUAUAUCAAUAACAAAUACUGAACCUUCAACUACAACUUCGCAAGUUCCCUUGUUGGAUGCCAUUAAAGUAGAACCAGGUGACUCUAAGACUCUAGAAGAAACUGGAAUAUUCCAGUCAGGUGUCCUCCUGGAGCCUGAUCGCGCCCAGAAGACUCCUAUAUCAUUGAACGAUUUAUAUGCAGAACUCUAUGGCUAUUUUGGGGACAGCUUAGCCACAAGGCUUCCCCAGCAUCAAAUUAGUAAUUUCUACCAACCAAAAUCUCCAAAAUCACCUGUGCACUUGACUGACCCAGACACAUUUAAAAGUGGUGAAGAACUUCUAUCAGUGUUCCUAAAACCAGGGGUGAAAACUGAGGGUAGCAAUCACUCACCUAUGGAGGUUGGGGGUGACGGUUCCAGCACUUAUAGCUCAGACCCCCAGAAACUUACUGUGAAAAGUUCAUUAGAACAACCAGAUCAUGGUAUCAAGUUAACUGUAGGUAGACCUGGUAAACUCAAAAGUGGGAAAAGACCUGAAUCUCGACGUAAACGAAAACAAAGUCAUAAAACUCUAAUGCAAGAAUAUUUUGAGAGUUCCCGGAUGUGUAAGCGAGAAGCAGUGUUUAGUUUUCAAUUCAGGGGAACUGUCCACAAACAGAAAACAUUGAGGAGUUUCUCAGUGAGUGGAGAGACAUCUGAACCACCUACACCUGCUACUAAACUAACAUUUCCCUUAUUUGGUAAACGAAAGGCCACCAAAAAUGGUACAGCUCGUAAAAAGAAAAUAGCUACAGCUUGUGGUAAUAUGUUGGCUAUAAUGUAGCUACUUGUUAAAGUAAUAUAUUGGCUUUAACAAAUGUCACAGUAUGAAAGAAAAUAUAUAUAGUUUUCAAGACUCUUUUAUAAAUAAACAUGCUUGUCUGUUAAAGGUUUUAUUGUAAUACUUAUCCUUUCAACCUGAAUAUAUGUACAAUGUGGCUAGCCCUUAUUUUUAACUUCAUUUUUUUUUUAUUCAUAGAAUUUAUUUUACAAAUACAUAAAGUACAUAAACAUUA